AUGGCCGGGCUGCUGGCGCUGCUGAGCCCCGCGGGCCGGGUGGGCGCCCGGGUUCGGUGCCCCGCCACCUGGCUCCUGGGCGCCGCUGCCCCCUGUGUCCCCCCGCCGGUGUUCCUGCCGUGGCUCGGGCCCGGGCCGGACGCCCAGCUGCUGUGCGCCGCCCGCGGGAACUACCAGGGCCGCCAGGACCCCAGCAAAAUCACUGCACCCACAGGCAGCUAUAUCAAGGGCACAGAGGAGAAAAAGCUAAGCAAGUCGCAGCAGCUGAAAAAGAUUUUUCAAGAAUAUGGUGCCGUGGGAGUGUCACUGCACAUUGGAAUCUCAUUAAUCUCCUUGGGAAUGUUUUACAUGGUUAUUUCAAGUGGAGUGGACAUGUCAACCGUCCUGCUUAAACUCGGCUUCAAAGAGUCACUAGUCCAGUCGAAAAUGGCAGCCGGUACAAGCACCUUUGUGGCGGCCUAUGCCAUCCACAAGCUGUUCGCACCCGUGAGGAUCAGUAUUACCUUAGUUUCCGUGCCCUUGAUUGUCAGAUACUUUCGGAAAGUGGGAAUUUUUAAACCUCCAGCGGCAAAGCCUUGAUGAACUCGUCAACUGUGGGCCUGAAAACCUAUUUCUUUUAAAUGACACAUGCUAGAUUGGUUUUAGAAUGUAGGUUUUGUGGUGGGUGGGUAGCAGGGGCUAAUUGUUGCAUUCUCAUGAAUAGGAUUUACUUUUGCCAGCAAAAAUUCAGGGUUUCAAAUCAUUGUAGUUUUUCUGCUUUAAAGUUUGGGUAAUGCUAUUCAUCACAGGGCUUGUCUGCAUACUCAAAAAAUGUCAGCAGAACACCACCAAUGAGUUGUCAUCUCAGACAAAACUGUCAGCCAGGAAAUGUUCCUUCCAGAAGACCAUUGGUGAGGGUCUGCCUGCAAGAGCCUCAGGGGUUCCUCUUUGCUCAAAUUCUUAAAGGGUAGUGAUUCAUUACGCUGAUUUUAAAAAUUCCCCUUCCUCCCGUACUUG